UUUUGAGCCAUCUCUGUUGAUGUAGAUUUAUCCACUGCCAACUAUAUAUUUCCACUUAUCGAAAAUCUAAACUGCAAACUAAAAUUGUUUCAUGGUAGCUCAUUCUCACUCCCAAUCCCAAUAUCAAAUGGGCUUCUGCUGCGCCCAACAUCUCAUUUUCUCCAUUCCACUUCUCCUUCUCCUCAUUUCCACCACAUUAUUCAACGUUGAAGGCCGAAAACUAGCUCAAACACCUCACAACUCCCAAGUAGAGGAAGAGAAGACAAUGUGGAGAGCCCAAAUCGGAUCAAGGCCGCCUCGGUGCGAGCGGCAAUGCAGCACCUGCACCCGCUGCGAGGCCAUCCAAGUCCCCACCAACGCCCGCAUCAACAACUCCGACGAAGCCAACUCCAAUUACAAGCCCAUGAGCUGGAAAUGUAAAUGCGGAAAUCUCAUUUUCAACCCUUGAUUUUACUAUUAAAUUAGUAGUACUAGUAUUAUUUCAAUUUGGAAAGCAAUUAGGGGCUCUUUUUGUGGGCAUCUCCAACUUUUCCUAAUUUGUGUGUAUAUUAUAGUAAAUGCAAUCUUACCCGCCAGAUUGAUGGGGGCAAUCAUAUAGUAGUAGCCAGUAGGAGUAGUAUAUAAAUGCAUGAUUUGAUGAUAUCGCAGCAGAAGAGAUCCUCAUUUGUACAAUAUGGCAUAUUAAAAGAUCUGUGCCUUUGGAAUCGGUCCAUCCACGUCCAGACAAUAAAUCCUUUGCUACUUCUAGCUAAA